AUGGCUAGAAAGAUGCCGAAACCCGAUCCGGAGAGGAGAUCUCGCGCUAAUAUGCGUGAACGUCAACGAGUUUCCGAAAUGAAUGGAAUGUUCGAGGUGCUCAUUGGACUUCUCCCACCUUCUCUGUUCAAGAAUAAGCUUUCUCGUGCACAGGUUCUCAGAGAAGCAGCUUCCUACAUCAACCGUCUCACCAAGCAUCUCCAAUCCCCUAUAACCGUGGAAAACGACGCCCUCGUGAAGUUCCCUCACAUCUUCCGUGAAGACAGAAAACAGAGUAACGAUGGACAUCGUCGUCCUCUGAAACUGAAGGAAGGCGGUGGUGUGACUGCAUUCAUUUCUCGUCACGACCUCCCAUCAGAUCCAGUUCCAGUCUACAGACCAACUCCAGUCCUACCACAAUCUAAUGUCUAUUUCGCUUAUUUUUGA